UCUCCCGGUCUUGAUCGAUUAAACUUUGACUUUCACGAAAUCACCACUUGAUCAAUGGGUGAAUUCAUGUACGCAGCCGUCAAAAUUUACAUUACCCGCCCGUAAAUGAUGUGCCGGGUGCUUUGUCCUGAGGUCGGACGCCAGGGACCAACCCCGGUCCCUGAGACUGCGGCCGAGCGUUGACGCUCGGUGCCUGGAACCCCGACUGGCUAGUUCCCUCCGCCGGAGUCUCGGCGCCCAAGCAAACAAAGUGCGGCAAACUGCGGCCGAUUGCAACACCUACCGUUGUCACAGGACAACGCUCAAUCGCAACGACAACGACCACAAAAAUUGCGCUGCCUGGCUGCCGGAUCACUCAACGCUGACCUUCCCGACCGUGUGCGACGACAAACAAGGAUGCGCCUGUUUGGUGUCGCCGUCCUCGCGGGGAUAGCUGGGGGCGCGCUCGCCCACGGAGACCACGGCAGCGGGUCGCAAAAGCCGGUGGUGGACGAGAACGCCAGCUGGAUGGAGAAGCACAUGGCCGAGGAGCACCAUGCGAGCGGCUUUGACGCGGCCUCGUUCUUCGCACUGCACGACUUCGACGCCGACGGCUUCUGGGAGGCGGAGGAGAUCCUGCGGACGUACGGACUCAUGGACGAGUCGAACAAGCACGUCACCGAUGAGCGCAAGGCCGAGAUCGUGCGCGACAUCCUAAGCCUGCUCGACAGCGACCACGACGGGCGCGUCAACCGCGACGAGUUUGUGCACUUCAUCGAGGUCGAGGCUAAGACCCUGCCGGACAUGGGCACCGGGCCCGGACACCACGGCGACGACGAGUACGAAUACGAGAUUCACCACUGGGAGAAGUGAGUAUACCACGACGAAAACACCAAGCUCGAAGACCUCACGCACCCCGAGGACAUUGAGCACUUCAAGAAGCACGAGGAGAUG